AUGAUAUGAUAAACAUCGACUCGGACAAGUUACACUUAAAUAACAUGCUACCAUUACACGAAUGAUUGAUAGGAUAACCUUCGAGAUUAGGGAUAUUUAAUAUUUUUGGAAAUAUGGGAGACGCGGUUCACGGAAAAAUCCUAUUCGUAAAAAUGUGCGAAAUGUGUCAUACCAGUGAUCAAGGUGGUAGACACAGAGUAGGUCCAAAUCUUUACGGAAUUAUGGGCAAAAUCUGCGGCACUACUCCUGGUUUCAACUACACCAAAUCAAUGAAAGAAAAAGGUAUCGUAUGGAACGAGACCACGUUAGACGAAUACUUGGAAUUCCCCAGGACUUUUAUCCCCGGUACAAGAAUGGUAUUCAACGGUAUAAGAAAAGCGGAAGAUCGGAAAGACAUAAUUGCUUAUUUAGCAACGUUGAAAUGAAAAUGACGAAAAAUGCAUGCUUCGUGCGAAAUAAUCUACAAUAAAUAAUGUACAGUAUUAAAAGAAUGUAUCAUCUACACCUAAAGCGUUAAUUUUUAACGACUCGAAUCAGAGCCCAUUUUAUAGUAAACGUUUACCAUGUAUUUACUAUUUAUAAAUAGAUCGGAUGCACAAGUAUUCGAUUUCACUUUUAU